AUGGAAUCCGCUAUUUCACGUACACCUGUGGAAUUGUGGCGCGAUAUAUUCAGACAAUAUUUAGGACCACCGAUACCAGAUGUGGACCAAGCGCAGAAUCUUCAGGAAUUUCGAGAUAUAAUCCUAUCCUCGAAGCCCGAGCUCUUGCAGCGAUACCGACAGCAUGAAAAUCUGCGCAAUACAUUGCGUCGCGUUUGCCGCGCGUGGAAGCUGCUUGCAGACCAAAUGGAGGGAUCUCGGAUUGUAGUGAAUUAUGGAGACGGCCACCUGUGGCCACCCAACAGUGAUCUAUCGAAAGCAGACCGAGUUCAUUACCGAAUAACAAAUGGGUCACCGUACGACCCGGUUUUCAACUAUCGAAAGAAGCUGGGGAUUAUCCCAAGACACUACAACUCUAUCCCAGUAGGAGUCGGGUUCGGCAUAGCUUUACCAAAGACGGCGAUAUUCGAGUCGCGCCACUUUAUCGUCCCAGAUGGAGGGGAGGAUACACCGGAUCAUAUUGCCACUGUUCGUGCCAUUCGGAUAAGCUAUACGUCUUUCAGAAACCUCCUGCACAACAACUCGUUGCGAGCCCUCUCUCACUCAGCAUUUCGCCGGUUGCUUGCUGUUUCGCUGGACGUUGAAUUUCCAUUCUGUGAUAGUUCAUCACUUUUCAACUUCACGCUCCAAGAGCUCAAGUGCCUAAUCUUACAAUUAUCCUUCAACGUCAACUAUCAGUUUGGUACACAUGACACACACCACAAUAUACUUUCCACAUGGAAUUUCCCGAAGCUGACGAUGCUCAAAAUCUCUGGAUCCUUUCCAAUGGGAAGUCAGAAUGACGUAAACGAGUUCUUUGGUCACCAUGGAGAAAAUUUAGAGGAGCUGGAUUACUCUGCUCGCUGCCGCGAGGUAUAUGUGCGACAUGUAGUACACGACUGGCGGAUUCUUCGUCGCUUGAAGGCAUAUCACCAGUACAGUCUCAUCCCAUUAGCCCAUAAUCUUCCUUUUCUAGGAGCCUGGACAGCGUCCCAUCGACAGCGUCUCCGCAUCGUAUUGAGUAUAGGAUGGAUGGGGGAAGUCGAUGAUGAUACAUUCCCACCCUCUCUCGACCUCAAUUCACACAAGGAAGCCAUUUCCAUGCUGAUAUUUGUUCUCCCGCAUCGCUGGGCAUAUUACGCCGACCUUUUGCAGCCUUCCAAUCUCUCACUAAGAUACUUGUGGUCCAGUCUUGAGAAGGCUCAGAAGCUAUUUGCCGUCGUCGAGGAAGUCGGCGCCCGAGUGGAAGACGUUUCCGGUGAGUGUCAUGAUAGCGAGUCCGCUGCGCCAUUUCGGAAACUGUUGGCAAAUUAUAGGUGGCCCUUCACGGCCCUUCGAAGAGGUGCACAGGCUAGUUCCAAUUUCUAG